AUGAAUGCAUACGGUGAGGAGAAGGGGUGGAGAUGCAAAGAAGAAUCUGCUGACUAUGUUUGGGUUUUGGACCCAAUCGACGGAACUAAGAGCUUUAUCACAGGGAAGCCUGUGUUUGGUACGUUAAUAGCUCUGCUAUACAAAGGCAAACCGAUUCUAGGUCUAAUUGAUCAGCCUAUUCUGAAAGAGAGAUGGAUAGGAAUGAGUGGAAGAAGAACUAAAUUAAACGGGGAGAAUAUCUCAACGCGAUCUUGCCCGAAACUGUCACAAGCAUAUUUAUACACCACUAGCCCACAUCUUUUCAUUGGAGAGGCAGAAAAGGCAUUUGCUCGAGUUAGAGAUAAGGUAAAGAUGCCAUUAUACGGCUGUGAUUGUUAUGCUUAUGCUCUCCUGGCUUCUGGAUUUGUCGAUCUUGUUAUUGAAUCCGGUUUAAAGCCAUAUGAUUUCCUAGCUCUGGUGCCUGUAAUAGAAGGCGCUGGAGGCACCAUAACCGAUUGGAACGGUAACCCACCUCUUUGGGAAGCUUCAUCCAGUGCCGUUGCUACAAGCUUUAAUGUAGUCGCAGCAGGAGAUUCAGACAUUCAUCAGCAAGCAUUGGAGUCACUUGAGUGGCACUGAAAAGCUUUUGCUGGAGAGGAUUGUCAAGGUUCUACUCAGGGAAAGCAAGAUCAUUUGUUUGUAUCUUUGAUGUUAAAUGCCUUGAAGAUCUCAAGAAACCAACCCAACUUCUUGAUUUUGAUGAUGAUGAUGAUGCGUACACGUUGAGGAAGAAGAAGAAUAAGCAAUCAUCUUCAUCUUCAUUUUCUGCUGCUGUCAACAGCAAUGUUAACUAUCAAAACUACCCUUGUCGUAGAGUUUCUAGUAGCACACAUUGUUCCUCACCUUGUGUUAGUGCUUAGAUUAAAAAGAAAACGGGUUCUCAAUUUAUCACAAACCUUCAUCAAUACGUUAUACAGUAUUAACAUCCCGUUCACAACCAAUUUUGAGUUUUUUUCCUUUAAAA